AUGGAUGCUCGCCACCGUGCCAGGCCGGCGCUGCCGAGCGGCGCGCGUGUGGCCAGCCACGUAGAGCAGGCCGACCUCGUCGAGUUUAGAACCACCACGCACGGCCAGCGGCUGCCGUGGGACAACUACGCCGUGCCUCGGAACUACAGACGCCCCGCCAAUCUCUCCGCCUACUUCACGAUGGCGGACGGGACGUCAGCCCUGCCGCCCGCCUUUGACUGGGGCCCGCGCGGCGCGCCGUGGCCGCACACCCACCAGGCGAGUCCGCUCGUCCCGACGGGGUGCACCCGCUCCUUCGCCGUCGGCCAGCGCGGCGACAUGCGCGGGACGGUCCGCAAGAUGUUUGAGCGCGCCGGCCUGUGCGAGCCGGAGCACGGCGGGCCGGUGCACAUGCUGUGGGUCGAGCCGAUGGAGUACGAGGCGCGCUUCUUCCCGCCUCCGCGGGGCAAAGGCCGCUACCCAAAGGGCGGCAUCAUCAACUCCGUGCCCGGCAUCCCGCAGCUGCUCGGCGUCAAGCCCGCGCUCGCGCGGCUGCAGGAGCGCUGCUUUCGCCGCUUUGGCUACGACCCGCUCCGCGCGACCUCCUCGCAGCAGGGCGGGCACUGCCAGUUCACCAAGCGCGCCUUCUCCGUCGCAAAGGGCCGGUACGAGGCGGCGGCAGACUUCCGCGCCUUCAACCUCGGCUCGAUGGCGGACCAGCAGCCGGCCGGCGGGGCGGGCGCCAGGGAGGGCGGCCCGCGGCACCGGAUCUGGAUCAGCAAGCCCAAGGGCGGCUUCAACGCGAUCGGGAUCCACAUGCACUCGCUGGGCGAGGCGGACCUCGCGUCGGACGAGGCGACGCGCCAGUGGCUCGUCCAGCGCAUCCCCGCCGGCGAAUUUGUGCUGCAGGACUACGUGAUGCGGCCCAUGCUCUUCAAGGGGCACAAGUUCGACCUGCGCCUCUGGACAGUCCUCCUCUCCGUCGACCCGCUCCGCCUCCACCUCCUCGGCACCGGCAUCCCGAAGGUGUCGAUGUGGAAGUACGACGGCAGCCCGAAGCACGUCAAGAACCCGUGCGUCCACUACCUCUUCCCGGGCCCGAGCGACUGCUACUACAGCCGCGAGGACCCGGACGGGAUGCGCGACGUGCUCGCCCCGCAAAAGGGCCUCUACCCCACCUCGACCACAAACGACUACUGGUACGACAACGUGGAGCCGUCGGGGCGGCGCUUCUGGAAGGAGGUUGCGUGGGCUAACGUGGAGCGGACGCUGGUCGAGGUGAUGCUCCUCGCGCGCGAGCAGCUGCUGCACGUCGACCACAAGAUCAAGCAGGCCGGGCUGCGGUACAAGCGCGUCGUCUUCCUCUCGCCCGACCUCGUGCUCGACGAGCGGGGGCGCGCCUUCCUGGACUUCUUCCCGAUGGAGAGGCAGCAGAACGCCGUCCCCUCCUUCGUCGGCGCGACGGGCUACCCGCUGCAGCCACACUACAAGGCGGAGCUCGCCGCGCAGACCCGCCGCUUCUGCCAGUCGGCGGCGCCGCGCGGCGGCUGCCCGCCCUCGCUCGAGCUCGAGCUCUGGGAGAUGACGCACGAGCAGCUGCACUCGAGCCGCGAGUGGUACCGCGUCUGGCCGGCCGCCGCGUCGUCGCGCUUGCACGCCGCCUUCUCCGCCGUGCCGCAGUGGGCCUCCUGCCUCACGCCGCUCGACACUUUCGCCGCAAAGUGGCUGGCCGAGGUCGGCUGGCUGCCGGAGCACCGCGUCGACUCGAGCAACGGGGUCGUCUUCGUCAAGGGCCAGCCGGGCCACCUCGAGGGCGACCACCGCAAAAAGGCGGGGCUGGGGCUCAAGCACAUGGGUAUCGCGCCGAACCGGUGA